AUGGGCGCGGGAGGCUGCCCGCUUGAUGCUAGCCAUGGAGAAAGAGUUUCACAAGAUAGUGGAUGGCACUCCUCUGCAGUUGCACUACCCACCGGCGGCUCCGGCUCCUACUUACGGCCUCAGGGACAAGCUAGGGCGGCGCCUAGGCGAAAAAGUGCACGACCUCCUCCACAAAAGAAGACGGCCAGCACCUCUACUACUCCUACCGCAGCCCAGAGACAGGGGCCAGCUCAGAAGAAAAGAAAAGGAGCCACCACUUCCCGAGCUGCGGAGAAUGAGGAGGAUGAGGAGGAAGAAGAGGAAGAGGAAAAGGAGCAUUCGCCUUUCAGUAGCGGCUCCAAAGACUCCGACGAUGAUCCCAAGUAUAAGAUGGAUCCAAGAGAAAGAGAUGAUGAUGACGAUGCUGAGGAUUUCGACGAUUGA